AUGGAACGUGAAAAACAGGAAUUAUUGUUAAGGUUGAGUCAACUCUCAGAAUCGAACUUGACAUAUAAUAGGUUUAGUGACGAUAAACGACCUACAAAACUUGCGGAAGAAUUCUCUGAGCUGUUUAGUAAUGAAUGGACAGAUGUUUUUGAAGACAUGCCAAUAGAAGAUGCAAAAGAGAAAACCACUACAAUGUUAGAAUUGUUAUAUCAUGCAAAUCGACUUUGCAAUGAUCUGUCAACGGAUCACAUGAGGAAGAUUCAAAGAAGUUUUUGCAGUCUUACCUUCCGCAACACAGUGCCAGCGGAAGAAGGAAAGACAGAAACUUACAUUGAAGGAGCAGACGGAAGAACAACGGAUACAACUGUGAUAUCUGCUGGACGGAAUGAUCUCGAUAUUACAAAAGAAGUCUCUGAUGAAGUACCGGGGAGACUUGCAUUGGUAAUAUUUUUCAUACGUUUCUCUGUUCAUACUUCACAAAUAUUAAUAUUUAUUCUACCCUUUCCGAUGAAAUAUUUAAAAAUAUUGAUAAUGCAUAAUGCGUAAUUUUAUUAUAUUUAUUUUUGAAAGAUAUUUUCGUGUACAACGGACUUGUUUUUCCGGUGAUUUUACCCAUACAGAAUAAUACAACUGGCUUCCCACAUGCCAGACGACUCUCGUGCUGUUAAUAAAACCUAACUAUUCUUGUAUUUGAUUCUAUACAGUUGCUUUUCCUUUCUUAAAGUAUAUUUCCCUAUUCAAAGUAUGUUCUUAUACGAAAUAAAACAACAUAACGAUACGCUACAUACUGUAAAACUUAAACGGAACUUUGUU